GCCGCUGCUGCCACGAUUUAGGCUUGUCCUUACUGCAAUUUGUGGUAGCCCCCACUGUCGGUUCGCUGAUCACACCCCCACUCCCGUUCCUGAACCCUCUGAAAGCACUAGCUGAAGGACCACUAUGCAAACAUCAUCUUGUGCUGUGGAGUGCUUUGGUGAUUACUGUUAUUUCGUAGAAAUGCGAACCUCCCUGACGCUGUGAAAAGGAGUUAGAGAGGUUAACACAUCAGAAACAAACAGACGAAGACCGUUUGGAUCCAACUGUUAUCACCGCUGGAAAUCUACAAAGAUGCCUGAGGUUCGGGAUCUUUCUGAAGCUUUGCCAGAGAUGCCAAUGGAUCCAAUUACAGGGGUCGGCGUAGUGGCCUCCAGGAACAGGGCACCCACUGGAUAUGAUGUGGUCUCAACAACAACAGAUGGCCUGGAUGCUGACCUAUGGAAAGAUGGCCUGUUUAAAUCCAAGGUGACCCGUUACCUCUGUUUUACCAGGGUCUUCUCUAAAGAAAAUAGCCAUUUAGGCAACGUUCUUGUGGACAUGAAGCUUAUAGAUAUAAAGGACACUCUGCCUGUGGGUUUCAUCCCGAUCCAGGAGACAGUUGACACUCAGGAACAGGCUUUCAGGAAGAGGCGUCUCUGCAUCAAGUUUAUUCCGCGGGACUCCACAGAGGCAGCCAUUUGUGACAUCCGAAUCCUGGGACGCUCCAAACAGGCCCCCCCUCAGUAUACCUUUAUAGGAGAGCUCAACAACAUGGGAAUCUGGUAUCGCAUGGGGAACGUACCUCGGACCCAGGAUUCAACGCAUACACCAACCACCAACAAUAUCCAGAAUGUGAAUUCCUCCUCCAGCUCAGCCCCAGUCCCAGCAGCUCCUAUGCCCAAGCAUAUUUCCAUGACCCUACCGGCUAGCUUCAGAGGGAAGAACACGACCAGACCAGAUUAUGAGCACCAGAACUCUAGCCUGUAUGCUAUCUCAGCAAUGGAUGGAGUGCCUUUCAUGAUAUCUGAGAAGUUUGCCUGUGCCUCGUCUGAUCUGCAGCAGGUGGAUCUGAUGAACAUCACGAUUAAGUCCCUGACUGAGAUCGAGAAAGAGUAUGAUUACAGUUUCCGCACAGAGCACAGCGCAGCAGCUCGCCUCCCUCCCAGUCCAACAAGGACCUCUCUGAGCUCUGAGGCCUGAGACCCCACUAACACUCUCCCCUCCCGAUGACAGCAAGUGAGACCUGUACACAACUACUGACCUACCUACAGGAAACCGUGACAUCCCACCUGUCCAAAACAACUGUACUGAGAAGACAGAAAGAAGAAAAAAAAGAUGAUUUCUGGGACGUGUUUUUUCUGUAUUAGUUGUGCUUGGAAAUGAAAAGGAAACUGAAAACACAAAGAGACGAGGAGAACAUUGAGGGGCUCUGGAGGUGUGCCUGAGACAACUAUAUACAACAUUGAUGAGAUGGAUUUUAAAAUGGCCCAUUGGACGUUUUUGCAGAAGGAUAUUGAAAUUGAGAAUCUUAAAUGAUUUUAAAAUACAUUUUUUCUAAAAAGAAUGGUGAAUUGUGGGUCCCAUGUAAUACAAAUAACCACAGCCCUCUUGAAGAUCCAAGGAUACUUUGCCAUGAUGGAUGGCACCUGUCUGGCCUUUACUGUCCCAAAUGGACUGAUUCUCAAAGCAGAUGGCAUGUUAGCCUUCCUUAGUCAAGAGUGACCUGCUGCAUUCAGGAGGGUGACUCAUCCCAGCUCAUCUGUUGGAAAUAUAAAAGGAAUCUUUGUGGGAUUUUUUCAUGCUUGUACUGAUCUUCUUUGUAGGUAAUGAUCUCCUUGUUCUAUAGAUGUUUCUGUGAUAUACUUGUGUAACUGUGAGUGCACUUUGUGUUUGGAAAUUUCAGUGUGCUUCCUGUUUCCACAGAUACUAUGUAAACCACUCCUUUUCAGUCUCUACAUGAGCCGGCAACGUUGGCUGGAUAUAGAACCACUGUUAGUGUUUAAAAGUUAGAAACCAGGACACAGGUUACACUGCACUGUUAGUAGGAUUCUGUGAACCAUAUUUAAUGUAUUGUCUACUGUUGUUGCUGAAAAUGUUUCCAUAUCAGUGAUAAUUCAAUACCUAAGAUUUUUGCAGGUGACAAAACAAUACUUUUUACCCAAUACCUUACUUUGAAUUCAUAUGAUUGUUUUAACAUUUGAACGUUCUGUUUUAGCUUUAACACCCUCCUUAAAAUGUUCACACAAUGUCCUUCCCACAGUCAUCUAUGGACAAUUUGUAUACCAGCAGAAGGACUGUGACCCAGCUAAAGUUGGUCACUCUCUUAAUCUCUUUUCAAACUAAGUAGGGUUCUUUGAAUUCUGGAUUAAUCAGUCUAAUUGAUGUUUCAAUAGCUUAUUCAACUAUAAGUAUCAUGAAAGGUUUCUGUCAUCGCCCUCUCAAAGAUUGAAAUGUGUCCCAAGGGUUUACUGUUAAUCUUGAGUGUCUACAACAUACCUGGAUAUCAGAAGUAGAAACCGUCAUGUUCAAAGCAGUGUUGAAUGAUUGAAUGAUUUGCGGACAUACAAAAAUCCCACUAUAAUCACCUUGAACUAAUAGUAAAUCCCACGUUGGAUAAAUGGUCUGUAUUUAUAUAGUGCUUUACUAGUCUUGAUGACCACUCAAAGUGAUUACAGUUUUGCCAUCCACCCAUUCACAAGCAUUCAUACAGUGCUUCUAUGUGCAGCACUUUCUCUAUCACACAUCAUUAACUGACUGCUGGCACAGCCAUCAGGGGCACUUUUGGGGUUCAGUAUCUUGCCCAAGGACACUUUGACAUGUGGAAUGGGGGAGAAGGGGAUCGAACGGCCAACCUUCUGGUCAGAGGACAAUCCUUCACAGCCGUGAAUAAGAUUUUCUUUUAAUUGCCAUCCUUUUCUUUACCAAACAACGUGAUCACAUUUGGUUCUUGACAGUUACUGAUGGACUGUGCCUUGGACACAAUUCAGUCAGUAACAAAGUAUUAAGGUCCGAAAGUUCUGUUAACCAUAUAUAUACAUUCCUCCCCGUUUUUCAUUACUUUUUAAGAACAAUGUUAAAAGGCAACAUUUUGCAGUGUGGAUUUUACAACUGGUAGUCGACUCAUCACAUCAUACGUGAUCAAGCAAAAGUGCUGUUCUUAUUCGAUUGAACUGGUUAGAUAAGAAAAAUGUGGUAGAUCUUUGAUUCAGUUUGUUCGAAACCUUUGUAAACUUCCUUGUGAUCUGAAUAAGCAAGAAUUAUUUUAGAAAUGUACAUUUUUUUUAACCCAUUUGACAUGUGAAGACCACUACCCACUCAGGACCACCAGAAUUUAUUUCAAAUGAGACUGACGGGACAAGUGCUAGCUCUGAGUGAGCACUGAACCAGACUUCAUUCUCACUUGUUCACAGUCAGUGUUAUCCCACAACACAAGCACUGUAUAAUAGUAUUGGUGGAUCACAAGCUUCAUUUAUAAGUCUCUUCAACCUGCAGCUUUUUUUAUAAGUUCAUCAUUUUAGUUUAAGGAGUCUAUUUUCACAUCUGUCCUCUCUGCUUCUCCUGGUGCUUCUGGUGACUGAGAAUAUAGACUAUUUCUAUUAAGAAGUUGCACAAGACAUUGUUUCUCAAAAGUAUUCUUGAAUUUAACCCCCAGUUGUUUUAAAUAGCUUUUAAGCUAUAGUCAGUGAAUCUAAACAUCACUUUAACACUCCAGAUGUUUCAAUGUAAGACCUGUCAGUUGCUGAAUCAUUAUUUGGCAGGCUUUUAAUUUGUUCAAAAACACAAUCUGUGAUGAGCUAAAGCUGACUGUUACAUAUCCGCAUAAAAGUCCAUCUUGACCUUAAGUACUAUUGAUAAAAAAUCUCAAAAUCUAGUCAUGUAUUUAUUCAGGUAUUAAUCUUAAAUUCACUUCAUGUCUGUGUUUUUAGUGGCACUUUUUCUUUAUGGUUAUACAGUAUUGUACAAAGCAGCACCAAUGACUGGUGUUUUAUUUUUUAUUUUUUCUUUGUUCACUCCAUUUGUUACAUAAGACAGAUGUUUACAAGAACAUACCAUUUUCCUUUUUUGCCACAAGUGUCUCUGCAAUAUUAUCCAUUCAUAAAAACAUGGAUUAGGUCCUUUAUAUUUUUGUUUGAUUAAUGUAUUAGUCAUUUCAGUGUCGUGACAAUGUUUUCAGAAUUGUAACCAAUGCGAUAGGCAGUUCUGACAUGUUUGGAGGAAAAAAACACACAGUUCAUACCUACGUAACAUUCUCUGUAUAUGAGCUGGCUGCUCUGUGAUAAGCUACACAUGUCAUUUGUCAGCUGUGGUGUUAACUUCCAGUCAAUUCUGCAGAAACAUUUAAUAUCAAACUAAUAUGAUGUCUGCAUUGACAGCAAAUCACAAUUCUCUUUUGAUUAUGUCUGUUAGUUUGCAUGCAUGAAGUUUCAGUGACAGUUAUUUUUGUAAAAGUUUUAAGUUAGAUUUUUGCCUCAAAUAGAUUUUAUUCACUAUAGAAUGAACAAAACCGCAUCAGAUGCCUUUGUAUUAUAAGGAAGUUUUAUUAAACUGUGACAAACGUG